ACCGUCCAAGAAUUCGUCUCAAACAAACCAAUAACAGAUGUCAAGAAAUUCUGCUCUCUUUAUUAGAGAUAGAGGAGUCAGGUUUCUAAUAGGGCAACAAUUCACCACUCCGGCAAUUCCUGCUUCUACUUUUUCAAAGGUUGUCAGUGUUUCCUCGGCUAACCCAAAACUCAGUUGUUACAAAAUCUCAACAACCAAUCAUCGUACGCUCCGAAACAUCUUUAAACUCGCUUUCGACGUUGUUGGAUUUUUGAGGAUGGCGUCAGCAACUGGGGGAGAAGGUGGUAUUUUCAAGUUAUCUGAAACCACCGAGCUUAAGAUCCAGAAAGGUGACAUCACUCAGUGGUUCGUUGACGGCUCUUCCGACGCUAUUGUGAAUCCAGCAAAUGAGAAAAUGCUUGGAGGUGGUGGCGCAGAUGGAGCCAUACAUAGGGCUGCUGGACCAGAACUCGUUGAAGCAUGCUAUAAAGUCCCAGAAGUUCGACCUGAUGUACGCUGUCCCAUAGGAGAAGCAAGGAUUACCCCAGGUUUUAAACUGCCUGCAUCUCGUGUGAUUCACACUGUUGGUCCUAUUUAUGAUUCUGAUGAAGACCCCAAAGCCUCCUUGACAAGUGCAUACAAGAACUGCUUGAUUGUGGCUAAAGAGAACAAUAUUAAAUACAUUGCUUUUACUGCCAUUUCUUGUGGUGUAUAUGGAUAUCCUUUUGAAGAAGCUGCUACAAUCGCUAUAUCUACUGUCAAAGAAUUUGCAGAUGAUAUUAGAGAGGUGCAUUUUGUUCUGUUCUCGGAUCAAAUCUACGACGUUUGGUUGAACAAGGCACAGGAGUUCCUUCAUACUCCAGGCUUAGUGGAAGACAGCAGCUACAAUGAAGGUGCCCUACCUGAACCUUGAACUUGCAGAACUUGAGAUGUAUAUAUCUCCAUUGACUUGGAGGCAUGAAUGCAACUACGAGUGAAUUGCUUUCAUUUGGUUUGUGAGGGUGCAUAACUUUAGAUGAAUUAGAGGCAUCUAUGCUUCAUUGUAGACAGAAUAAAUGGUGAUGUUGGUGUACCUGUUUUAUAGAUGGUAUUGAUGGUUGUUCUCAA